UGCCAAUCAUCAGCCUUGUGAGCAGAGAUUUCCCAUUACCUGAGAGAGCGAUGGCCCAAUUUGGGGGACAAAAGAAUCCGCCGUGGGCAACUCAAUUUGCAACCACAGCGGUGUCCCAGCCAGGCCACUCGGGACAGUCUCUUGACCUCAACAGUCUGCACUCUCUUGGUGUGCAACAGUCAUCUCUUCUGGGAGCCUCUCCCUCAGUGUACUCUCAGCAGUCCGCCUUGGCUGCAGUCUCCCUCAGUAACCAGUCUGCUGCAAACUAUCAGCUUUCUCAGCAAACUGCUGCCUUGCAGCAGCAGGCUGCAGCAGCUGCUGCUGCAGCAUUACAGCAGUCCCAGAUAAAUUCUGCCCUCCAGCAGUAUCAGCAACAACAGCAGCAGCAGCAACAACAACAACAACAACAACAACAACAACAACAACAACAACAGCAGCAGCAACAGCAGCAACCUCCGCAGCAACCCCCUCAACAGCAACUGUACAAUGUACCUCAUCAGCUUCCACAGCCUCAACAGGCAUUGCUCUCUCAGCCCCCAGUUGCCCUGCCCACCAGCCUUAGUCUGUCCAACCCCCAGCAAACAGCCCAGAUUACUGUAUCCUAUCCAACACCCCGCUCAAGCCACCAACAGCAGACGCAGCCACAGAAGCAGCGAGUGUUCACUGGAGUCGUCAACAAGCUACAUGACACAUUUGGCUUUGUAGAUGAGGAUGUCUUCUUUCAGCUAAGUGCUGUAAAGGGAAAGACUCCACAAGUGGGUGACAGGGUCCUAGUGGAAGCUGUGUACAACCCCAACAUGCCCUUCAAGUGGAACGCCCAGCGCAUCCAAACCUUACCUCAGCUAACAAAUCAGUCGCAUCAGCAGCAGCCUCAGCCUUUACCUCAAGCUUCCCCACAGCUGGGCGGCCUUUAUAAUGAGCCAGGGAUGCAGCUGCGCUACUCAGACAUGCACUCCGCUGUGGACAACAGACAAAAUAGCCAACAACAACCUCCUAAUAUGAUGAAGACAGCCCCCAACAUGCUACAGUCACUACCUCCUCCAAACACAUUCGGUGUUCCGAACCAGGCCCCCCCUCCAUCUCUCCUCCAGGCCCAGCUUUCUGCUGCCUCUCUGGCCCCUCUCCUCCAAAACCCCCCACAGCCUCUGUUGCCACAGCCUCCACCCAAAGAUGUGUUUACUGGCGGUCUGCUUCAGCCUCCAGUUAGAAUGAUGCCUCAACCACAGCCAGUACGAAGAAUCGAGCCUCCACCUCGUUUCCCUAGUCGCAAUGACAGAGGCCCUGAGCUCAUCCUGAGGACUAAAGAGGAACGCAGGGACAGAGAUCGGGAGCGCAGGCGGUCACGUGAACGCUCACCCACACGGAAACGUUCCAGAGAGCGUUCUCCUAGACGUGAACGCUCACCUCGACGGCCUCGCAGGGUGGUUCCUCGCUACACGGUCCAGUUUUCGAAGUUUAGCUUAGAUGGGUCCAGCUGUGACAUGAUGGAGCUGAGAAGGCGCUAUCAGAGCCUCUACAUUCCCAGCGACUUCUUUGAUGCUGUCUUCACAUGGGUGGAUGCCUUCCCUAUGACCAGGCCCUUCCAGUUUAGUAAUGCCUGUAACUUUCACAUCUUGCACAAAGAGGUGGAUCCUCUAGUCAAGAAUACGGCCGUGCUGGACCCUCCAGAUGCCAAUCACACCUACAGCGCAAAGGUGAUGCUGCUGGCUAACCCCAGUAUAGAGGAGCUCUAUCACAAGUCCUGUGCUCUGGCAGAGGACACCCAGGAAGUCAAAGACUCCUUCCAACAUCCUGCUAGACUCAUCAAGUUUUUGGUGGGAAUGAGAGGUAAAGAUGAGGCCAUGGCCAUUGGUGGUCACUGGUCUCCCUCUCUGGAUGGAGCUGACCCAGAGAAGGAUCCUUCUGUCCUUAUAAAGACAGCCAUACGCUGUUGCAAGGCCCUCACAGGCAUAGACCUUAGUCUGUGCACUCAGUGGUAUCGUUUUGCAGAGAUUCGCUAUCAUCGGCCGGAGGAGACACACAAGGGGCGGACAGUCCCUGCUCAUGUGGAGACAGUGGUUUUGUUUCUGCCGGAUGUUUGGCAUUGUCUUCCUACCCGCUCAGAGUGGGAGGUGCUGUCACGGCGACUCCGGGAGCAGCUGGCUGAGAAGCUGUCGGCCGAGCGAAAGGAGGCGGAUGGAGAACAGGAGGAAGAGGAGAAGGAUGAUGAUGAAUCAAAGGAUGUUAGCACUCCCUCUCACUGGGCUAAACUUGACCCGAAAUCAAUGAAGGUGAAUGACCUGCGCAAAGAGCUCGAUUGCCGCUCUCUAAGCUCUAAGGGGUUAAAGUCACAGCUCAUAGCUCGCCUUACCAAGCAGCUGAAGGUGGAGGAGCAGAUGGAAGAGUCCAAGGAGCCAGAGAAGCCAGAGAUCAAAGUUCCUGAGGAGGAGGAGCCAGCUCGUGCAGAGGAAGACAGAGAGGAGGAGGAAAAGAAGAGGCAGGAAGAGCUUGAGCGCCAGCGGAGGGAAAGGCGCUACAUUCUCCCUGAUGAGCCAACCAUCAUUGUACAUCCCAACUGGGCAGCGAAAAAUGGCAAAUUUGACUGCAGUGUCAUGUCUUUGAGUGUGCUGCUGGACUACAGACUGGAAGAUAACAAGGAGCAUUCAUUUGAGGUUUCUCUAUUUGCUGAGCUGUUUAAUGAGAUGCUACAGAGAGACUUUGGCUACCGCAUUUACAAAGCCUUCGCCGCUUUUCCUUCCAAAGACGAGAAGAAGGAAAAAGAGAAGAAGGCCAAAAAGGAGGCAGAAAAGAAGGAGGCAGAAAAGCGUGAAAUAAAGAAGGAAAAAGAAGAGGAGAAUGAAGAACCAGCUGUGAAGAAGACCAAAGAGGAUGAGGAAGAGAAGAAGAAGGGUGAUGAAAAGACUGUGAAGAAAGAGUCGUCUCGAGAUGAGGACGAGAAUGAAGAUGAUGGCAGCACAGCCAAUGCUGAGGAAUAUGACCCCAUGGAGGCAGAAGAUGCAGAUGACGAUGAGGAGGAUGACAAAGAUGAUGACGACUCCAAUGACAGAGACAGGAAAGACCGCAAGGAUGACCGCAAGUCUUCAAAGGAGAGGUCCUCAAAGGACAAGGAGAAGAAGCAGAUGGUCACACACAACAAGGAUCUGCUGAUGGCGUUUGUCUACUUUGACCAGAGCCACUGUGGCUAUUUGCUGGAGAGAGACCUGGAGGAGAUUUUGUACACACUGGGACUCCAUCUUUCUCGUGCUCAGAUUAAGAAGCUGUUGAACAAACCGGUGAUCAGAGAAUCUUGUUACUACCGUAAACUGACAGACCGGGGGAAAGACGAACCCAUCCCCUCCUUGAAUGAAGCCCAGAUAGAGAACCUCACUGGUAACCGGGGACUACUUGCUGCUUCUAAAGCUCAUUCUCAGUUAGAGACCAGUGAGACCAGUAAUCUGAUGGUUUAUAACGGGGCCUUGGUCGACAUCGGCAGCAUGCUGCAGAAACUGGAGAAGAGUGAAAAGUCAAGAGAAGAGAUAGAACAGAAGCUCAUGGUGCAGGAUGCCAAAAUGGAUGAAGAUGCAAAGGUUAAAGCACAGUUAGAACAAGCCAAUAAAUCCUUGUCCAAGGAGCUGGAGGAUGUGAAGAGCAGUCUGAGCCACACUGAGGAGACUCUGAAGUCGGUGGAGGACCAGAAGACGACCUACCAUGACCACCUUAGCAGGACAUCCAGCACUUUGAUGUCCACCGUCAAAGGCCUAAUGGCACUGCUGAAAAAGGAUCAGGAGGUCGACGAGUCUGCUGAUGAAGUCUGUGGGGGUCACAUACAGACGUCUCAAACAAACGGCGCUGAUGAAUGAAAGACACGUUUGUUCUAACUGAAGCUAAACUGUAACGGUGAUUAUCUUAAGAAUUGUAAAUAUUCACUAAACAAGCUUAAUUUGACUUUGUUUUUGUUUUUUGGACCUAUUGUUUCCCAAUAACAUGUUUAAAUUAAAAAUGAUUAGUUCUCUUGUGUUAACUUUACUUUAGUCUCCGACUCUCUGUUUACAAUCGUUCGUUUUUUUUCUGAGCGAUUAAUUUUGUACGAAACAAAGAAUAGCUGUGACAACGCUUUGAAACGCUUAUGUUCAUAGUUAAGAGUGGGUUGUGUUCAGUUGCUCACCUUUUUUUCGUUGGUUAAGUCGGUCAUGGCCAAAAGAAACGCCUCCAUGUAGAUUGAAAUGCCAGUAUUUCUGAUUUGAUUUUUCUUGUUUGAGAUUUUAGUUUUUCUAAUGAGCAAUAAUGAUGCUAUUUAUGUGCAAGAGGAUGCAUUAAACACUAUAUUAAAAAAAAGAAACUCAUCUUGGUUUGAGAGGGUCGAAGGGGGCUUGAUGUUCAGAUAUCAUUUCCUGCAAGUUGUCCCAGUCUGCUGUUUAGACAUGGUCGUUUAAAAACAAAACAAUUUAAUUCAGAAACAACUUUCCUUCUGAUUUAUACAGUUUCCUGUUUGUUUUUUUCAAACUCAUGGCUAUGCAUGGAUCCUGCCUCUCUUGGACCUUCUUACUGUCUGCAUCUCCUGACUGUGUCCCCUGAAUGCUGCACCGCCAUUAACAGUUUACAUGUUUACUGUGACAAGCAGCUCUCUUUGUUUUCUGACGAAGAAAACCACACACGAACCAAAAGAAAAGCUCAAUGAAUGUGUGCUCUGCAAAGACAUGAACAUUUUAAAAUCCAUCUCUGAACUGUGUGCGUUGGUUUGGGUUUGUCGUAGACAAACGGCACAAUUACAUUCAAAUGUGCUCCAAAGCAGGCGGUUUUAUUUUUCUAUUGGAAAUGUACUCUGACUGUCUUGUGCAAGAGUAAAGUAGUCCAUUUUAACACUCAA